CAGCUUCUCCAGGAAGAAUAUACGGGUCUUCAAAAUACAUUUGACCGCCGCACGUCUCUUUUUGAAAGCAACAACAAAAAGAAAGCCUCCACCAGUCUUCUUUCUCCUGUCAGGAUGUCCCAUCUGCUGCUAACCCUGGCCCUCCUGGCGCUUCAAGCAUGUCUGUGUCGUGGAGCCUGCGUGGAGGUGGACUCAAACACAGAAGCCGUGGAAAAAAAAGGUUUCAAACUGGGCUGCAUCUCCUGUAAGAAGAGGGGCGAGGUUCCCGCCAGCGCCUUCGUCGACUGGUACUUCCAGGAAUCAGUUGACCACAUGUUCACCCAUGUAUACAGAUAUGGGAAUGAAGAGGCCAAUAUCACUGAUGAACGUUACUUUGAACGUCUUUUUUGGAAUGGCAGCAAAAAUACAAAUGACCUGCAGGACGGCUCCAUCUUCAUCAUAAACGUGACAUUAAAUGACACGGGACGCUACAGGUGCAUAUUCAGCCGAACCCUGAUGUAUCCUGCCUACGAGUAUUCCACCUUUCCCAACAAGACUAUCGACCUGAUAGUGGUGCCAGAACUCACCAGGGGAUGGGCAUCCAUCUUGUCUGAGGUGAUGAUGUACGUCUCCCUCAUCGGGCUGCAGGUAUGGCUGGUGAUUGAGAUGAUUUACUGCUACAGGAAGAUUUCAGUGGCUGGAGAGGAAGCUCUUAGAGAGAACGCGCCGGAGUAUUUAGCUAUAGCGUCGGAAAGCAAAGAUAACUGUGCUGCUCUACAAGUGGCAGAAUAGCACCGGUCGAGGACAAUUCCAGAUGUCUUCCUUGAGGAAUCUCAUAUUCCCACUUUGACACUCGAGUCUCCUCUGACCGUCCCUCACAUCAGAACUAAACCACAGAGAGGACACAGAUCUUCACUCGACUAUCUGCAAAAAGAUGGAAAGGACUGAACUGCAUCGUGUUUGGAGGACAGGAUGGAUGCAUCAGCUUGUGGAUUAACAGGAAGAGAUAGAGGGUAGAACUGUAUAUAUGCACAGAUACUCUUAUAUAAAUAAUAUAAACCUAUAUUGACUAUCCACUAUCUGCAUGCUUAUAAGCUAAUCCAAAUGACCAACAUCAAGCUUCAAAUGUUGGUAUUUAGAAGCUUUGGUGCGCAUAUAACAUAUUUGUAUUUAUGAAUCAAUAUUUUAAAAGCAAAUCAUAUAUUUAAGGUGUAUUUUACUUUUACUUAUUAUACUAUUAAGACUGAAUUUGGCUGGAAAUGUACUUUCUGUUGUGAUGUAACAAAGUGGGAUUGUAGGCAUACGGAGGAAACACUGCUGAUAUCCUUCCUGCUAUGAAACAUUUGAGCAGUUUUUAUGCCAAAGAGUACGAAGUAUUUGUCAACUUUUUAUCAAAAAUAGCCUGAAAGUGUCUCAGAAAACAGCAUUUCGGCCAGAAUGAGAGACAAUACCAAAUCCUUUAUAUCAGCAGUGUUCUCACAGCUGCCAAUUUCUAAAGGUUAACCCCGACUGGCAACAAAUCCAACCCUUAUUUACUUCUGACAUUUUUUACAUACAUAUUUGAACUAAGCUGAUAUGAGAACAUUGAUAUGUAAAUGAUAUGUGCGUGUAAAUGGUCUCCAAAAGCUAAAAUCCCAAAGUUUUCUCCAGAGGGGGUUCUUCUCCCACACGAGAAAAUCACAUAAAAAGGCCCAACAGUAACGUUUUUACUUUUUCUCUACAUCCCCAAGAGAUUAUGAUGAUCAGCGAUCAAAAUGUAAUAACGUUUUGUUUUUUCCAUAUACAUUUCAGUGAAAUUUCCUUUGAAUUGAAUCCAUUGUUUAAACUGUCUGUGUAAUGCAAAAAAAAAAAUCCAACCCGUGGUGGUCAAGCGCAAAAACUGCCCCUGAAGCCAAAGUGAGAUUUCCUGUGACAUAUGUAGCACACCAGAUCAAUUCGUAGCUCACAAAGAAAAGCAGCUUUAGCAAACACAAACCGACAUAAAAGCUGUCACUUUAAGCUGAAAGUGGAACAUAUCCCACUGCAAUUUGAAACAAAUGUCUGAGUGUUUGUGGAAAAAACUUAAGGGCUUUGCAAAUGGCUGUAUUGAUCUAACUGCUGUGGGUUAAUACCCCACACAACCUGUCCAGUGUGCCUCCCAGGCUGAAACCAGUGGAAACCAAAAGGGAAAGGGCAGAGGUGGAGCCGUGUUACAAAUCUUUAGUGCUUUUAAUAAAAAAAAAAGCUACUUACUUCUCUUUCCAGCUGGCCAGUUACUCGCGAUGAACACUAGAGGGCAAACACUGCUGUUAGUGUUCAUCUCUUUUUGUACCAAAUCUGAGUUUGACACUAGUUGAGAAACUGAGAAGGGGACACACACCAGCUGAUACAGUAACACAGAAUCACUGCAAGCUUACUGACGUGGAAGGAGUCCUGUCGGAGUACUGUCCUAAGAUAUACAGGCUAAAAAAGAAAGCCAUGACUUUAAUAAAUACGAAGAGGGAAAGCCACCCAAUCAAGAACUGUUACAUACUGCUUACUGAAUGCUUCUCUUUUAGUUUAAAUCAUUUAAUACACCUUUCCUGCACAGAUGAACCGACCAGUCAAAUGAAAAUCUCACUGCUCCCCACACCGUUGGUCUGUCCCCCUUUUCUUUCAACUAAAACAGUUUUUACUCCAUGUGUAGGUGUGGAAAUGUUGCUUGCCACAAUAAAAGGAAAAGAAAAGUGAUGCACGGCAAAUAAAUAAAAAGUGAGAAAAUCA